GGUGUGAUGAUGGCUUUUGAGGAUAUUGUUGUCCAUUUCACGGAAGAGGAAUGGGCUCUGCUGGAUGACGGCCAAAGGGCUCUGCACCAAGGAGUCAUGGAGGAAAAUGUAGCCAGUCUGAUCUCUCUGGCUACUAGUACAAGAGAAAAGAGGAGCGAGGAAGAAGAAGGUACAGACAUUGAUGAAAAGCAGAAAGAAUUCUUAAAAGGCAGUACAGCUUUGAGUGAUAGAAGAAGCCUUGGUUCCCAUCAGCAACUCCAUGCAGCAAAGAAAAUGUUGAAAUGUUUGCAAUGCGGAACGAGCUUCAAUCAGUGUCUGUCUCUUGUCUCCCACAUGAGAAUCCACGCAGAGGAGAAACCCUUUCAAUGCCCAGAAUGUGGGAAGGACUUCAGUGAAAACACAGACCUUGUUUUCCAUUUAAGACUUCACACAGGAGAGAAACCAUUUAAUUCUUUGGAACGCAGAAGGAGCUUCAAUCAGAGCUCAGACUUUGCUACCCCUAUAAGUACCCACGCAGGGGAGAAACCCUAUCAAUGCAUGAAAUGUGGAAAGAGCUUCUGUCAGAGUAGAAAGCUUGAUUCCCAUAUGAGAAUCCACACAGGAGAGAAGCCGUACAAGUGCUUAGAAUGUGGAAAGGGUUUCCGUCAUAGUGGAAAUCUUGCUUCCCAUCUGAGAAUCCACACAGGAGAGAAACCUUUUAAAUGCUCGGAAUGUGGAAAAGGCUUCCGUCAGAGUGGAAAUCUUUCUUGCCACAUGAGAAUACACAGAGGAGAGAAACCCUAUAUGUGCUUGGAAUGCGGGAAGAGCUUUAAUCAGAGCUCAAACCUAGUCUCCCAUAGGAGAAUCCACACAGGGGUCAAACCAUUUGAAUGCAUACAAU